UUACCAAGGCAUAGCACACAUAGCAUAUAAACACUGCGAGGGAGACACUGCUUUCUUCUUUGCAUUUGUUAAAUAUUUUGUAAACGAGUUUUUUUUUCCCCCUUAACAAAAUCAUGACGCUUACAACGAUAAAAGACGGAGAGUACACUGCAACAGUCUACAAAAUGAUUAAAGACGGGCGUUAUGCAGAAGCCAUCCACAUCCUAAGCAACGAACUGCAAAAACAGAUGAAAUCAAGGGCUGCGCUGUCACUCCUGGGUUACUGCUACUACCACAUUCAGGACUUCACCAAUGCUGCAGAAUGCUAUGAGCAGCUGAAUCAGCUACACCCCGAGGUGGAGGAGUACAAACUCUACUAUGCACAGUCACUCUAUGGGGCAUGUGCCUUUUCUGAUGCCAUGAAAGCUACGUUUCUUCUGGACAACCCAACCAGUCAUACCAAAAUGAUUAAACUGCAAGCUGCCAUAAAAUAUGGAGAAGAGGAGUAUGCUGGAGCCAAGACCUUAGUGGAGCAGUUGCCUCAGGAUGAUCCUGAUUACGACGUGGAUCUUGGCUGCUUGCUUUUCAAAGAGGGAGAAUAUGAAGAAGCCUGCAAGAAGUUCAUAUCAUCCAUGCAAGUGCUGGGCUACCAGCCAGAUCUGGCAUAUAACAUUGCCCUCUGCCACUAUAGUUUAAAACAAUACGCAUCAGCUCUCAAAUACAUUGGUGAGAUCAUAGAACGUGGAAUACGAGAACAUCCAGAACUCAGUGUUGGCAUGACAACCGAGGGUAUAGAGGUGAGAAGCGUUGGCAACACUCUGGUCCUGCAUGAAACUGCCCUGAUUGAGGCUUUUAACCUGAAGGCGGCUAUUGAGUACCAGCUCAAGAACUAUGAUGCCUCUCAAGAGGCCUUGACUGAUAUGCCUCCAAGAUCAGAACAGGAGCUGGAUCCAGUAACCCUCCACAACCAGGCCCUGAUGAACAUUGACUCGAAGCCCACGGAGGGCUUUGAGAAGCUGGCCUUCCUCUUACAGCAGAACCCCUUCCCUCCAGUCACGUUUGGCAACCUGCUGCUCCUCUAUUGUAAAUACGAGUACUUUGACUUGGCUGCAGAUGUUCUGGCCGAAAACGCCCAUCUGACGUACAAGUUUCUGACGCCGUAUCUCUAUGAGUUUCUAGAUGCCAUGCUCACAUGCCAGACUGCUCCAGAGGAGGCUUUCCGAAAAUUAGAUGAAACAGCAGGAAAAUUAACUGACCAGUUAAGGAAAGCAGCCAAACAGGUCCAAGACGCACGGCACACGCGGGAUGAUGACGGGUUGAAGAAGGCCCUGCAUGACUACGAUGAGGUGCUGGAGAAGUACAUUCCGGUACUCAUGUCUCAGGCAAAGAUCUACUGGAACAGGGAGAACUACAGCAUGGUGGAGAAGAUCUUCCGCAAGUCGGUGGAGUUCUGCAAUGAGCACGACACGUGGAAACUGAACGUGGCUCAUGUGCUCUUCAUGCAGGAGAACAAGUACAAAGAGGCCAUUGGUUUCUAUGAGCCCAUCGUCAAGAAGCACUAUGACAAUUUGGAACAGUGUAACAUUCAGGAGUGUCCCUGCAAGAGAAAGCCCUCGAUUCUCAAUGUCAGCGCAGUAGUCUUGGCUAACCUCUGUGUGUCGUACAUCAUGACCAGUCAGAACGAGGAGGCUGAAGAACUGAUGAGAAAGAUCGAGAAAGAGGAGGAGCAGAUAUCUUAUGACGACCCGGACAAGAAGGUGUUUCAUCUGUGUAUUGUAAACCUUGUGAUUGGAACGUUAUACUGUGCCAAAGGGAAUUAUGAUUUUGGCAUUUCACGUGUCAUCAAGAGCCUGGAGCCAUACAACAAAAAGCUCGGAACUGACACAUGGUUCUACGCAAAGAGGUGCUUCCUGUCGCUGCUGGAGAACAUGGCCAAGCACAUGAUCAUGCUCCGGGACACUGUGGUGCAAGACUGCAUUCAGUUCCUUGAGCACUGUGAACUCCAUGGGAAGGACGUGCCAGCCAUCAUGGAGCAGCCCCUGGAGGAGGACCGCAUGCACAUUGGCAAGAACACCGUCACCUACGAGGGCCGUAUGCUCAAGGCCCUCUUCUAUGAAGUCAUUGGCUGGAACCAAUAAAGCCUGCUUUUGUUUUUUUUUUAACUGGUUUUAUUUUCAAGCAUCUUUACCAAGUAAUUUACCUUGGUUUUGGCGGUAGACAUCAUUGGUGUCUAAGUUGGAAGUCUCUCUGUUUUGCCAGGCAGGGCUGUCAUUCCAAAGUUGGUGCCAAACCUGGUAUGUUGUCUGUACAGUAAUGGCCACCCUGGAAAGAUGGAACGACGUAGCCUUUCAUGAACUGCGUAUCACUGUUGAUUCUGUUAUGUAUUGGCGAGUGUUCUUUUUGUUGUUAUCCUAUAUUGUCUCGGCAGCCCUACAAGAACUCAUUGUAUUUCAGCUGCAGUCCAACAUACAUUAUUUAGAGUCCUUGUCUCUCGGUUGAAGCCCAGGAGGUGUUUGUGUGUGUGUGUGUGUGUGUGUGUGUGUGUGUUUAGGCGGGUGGGUGUGUGUUCAGGCGGGUGGGUUUUGGAUUGCAUGAGGAAAAAAGGGAGAGGGGAUAUUUACACAUUUAAUACGUAAUUAUUUAUUACU